AUGGAUGCAAACUCAAUCCAAAGGCCAUCAUCAAGAAUAAGAUUGCAUACACAGGAAGACUAUUCACAUAAGAUGGAUGACAAACUCAACCAGGAUCAAGCAAAUUCCGAGUACAUCAUCACAAAACGAUACAAAACAUACUCAGACAAAGAAAAGAUAUACUGGACACCGGAAGAAACGAUUGCACUCGUCAAAGGCAUCGAGGAGUUUGGAAAAGGUAACUGGAAAGCCAUACUAGACAAGUAUAAGAAUGUUUUCCAUAGCAACAGAAGACACACACACCUGGCUGACAAGUACAAAUCAAUGAAUAACAACACAUCAUACUACAAAGUACAAAAUAUGCCAAUUGUUCAUACAGAUGAGAACGGAGACGAUCUACACAAUGCACUUGGAGAAAGAAUCGUAUACUCCGCAAAAUUCCCAUCUGAAGUUGCAAGAACAAUUGCAUUAAAAUCUCUGUCUAAAGAAUCAGAAAGCUGCUUAAUACAUCUCAAGCACGAAAAAGACAGUGAAAUGGUGAUGGACAAAUACUAUGCAUCUUUCAACAGCGGUAGAGUGCGAAUCAGAAAGGUAUGCAGCGCAAUCCUUCAAAAACCACAGAAUACUGUAAAUGAAGAUAAGAAAAACCCAACAUUAUAA